AUGGUUCGGUUCAAACACUCAACUUCAAUCGAUUCUCUUCAACUCUCACCUCGAUCUGUUCCCGCUGAAUUCGAGGAAUGGUUACGUCCACCAUUCUCAGCUCACCGUACAGAUGGUCGUAUAUACGCUCAUGGCGCCCAGGACGAUAAGUGUAUCGGUGUUCAGUAUCUUGAAGCUAUCAAGAACUUGAAAUCAAGAGGCUUCUCUCCUCUCCGUACUAUUCAUAUCUCCUACGUUCCUGAAGAGGAGAUUGGAGGAUUUGACGGGCAAGCGAGUCCGGGAGAUGAGUAUAGAUUUUUCUACGGUGAUCGGACUCCGUGGAAUCUCAUUAUCCGAGCCGAAGGAAUUCCAGGGCAUGGAGCUAAGCUGUAUGACAAUGGAGCUAUGGAGAAUCUGAUGAAGAGUGUUGAGUUGAUUGCUAGAUUCAGGGAGACGCAGUUCGAUAUCGUUAAAGCCGGGAAAGCUGCUUAUUCAGAGGUUGUCUCUAUCAAUCCGGUUUAUCUCAAAGCCGGAACUCCUUCCACCAAUGGAUUUGUGAUGAAUAUGCAACCUUCAAAGGCAGAAGUUGGUUAUGAUCUAAGGUUGCCUCCAAUGGCAGAUCCAGAUAUAAUAGAGAAAGGAAAGUUAAAGGUCCAUUUAGGGAGCCUUAUAAUGACUCAAACUGAUGAUUCCAAUCCUUGGUGGUUUAUCUUCAAGCAAGCUGUUGAAGCAACUGGAGGAAAACUCGCGAAACCCGAAAUUUUAGGCUUCGACUACGGAUGCACGCUAUAUUCGCAGUUUGGGAAUUCCAGUUUUGGGUUUCUCUUCAAUGAUUAA